AUGAGCCGUGCGAACAUGUGUAUACUGAGGGCGGGCGGCUCUUGCUGCGCUGGCCGUUCGGAGGCCGCGUCGGCAGCGCCGCGGGCGGCAGAUGACCGCAACAUGAUUUAUGGCGCGCGACGCUCGACGCAGGGCUGUCACAAAAACUGUACUAAGGGGUCAUUGACAAUGACACCACGUGCCCUCCAGUGGGGCAAAUGUUCAAGAGUGUCCGUCGAGAGCGCAGUCGUCAGCCCUGGCGCGAACGAAUUUACAUUCGUAAAUGUGAUCCCGGUAAUUAUGCGCCUUGUUUCGGCCGCGGGCGGCUUGUGGUCCCCGUACCGGGCUUGGAGCGAGACUCCCGUGUUACGAAAAUCCACGCCCGUGCGAAUUGGCUUCAAAAGCCGUCGCUAUUCCCCCCUCAUUCGAAAGUACCGCGGUCUUACAGAAGGCACGAGUAAG